AUUCUGAUCUUUUUUUUAUUGAUGAAUGUGAAAUUGUGUACCGCCCUGCGCUAACGGCAUAUGCUGACGGGGCACUAGUGGAAGAGCAUGGGGACAACGAAGAUCUAUCUGACAUAGUACCUACAUUCCUAUCAAUAGGUGGCCCUAUUCCUAGUAAGUUUUAAAACCACCAAUAAGUUUUAAAAUGUACAACAUAUAAACAAACCACAUAUGUUUACCGUAGAAGCUUUGUUCCAAUUUUUAAUGGACGUCAGCCGUGUUUCGUCACGGAAUACUGUGUAUCUAUAUUAUGCAGUAAGUGCUUAUCCGGAGAGCCAAUUCGUGUUGGAGCGCGGCGGAGAUCGCUGCGGCACACGACAUCAAGUCAAACUCGCCGUUUUGUGUAACUACUCUUUUGCUGCUGGAUAUAUUUUACAAAAUUGAUCAAAAAGAAGACCACUCAAAAUGUUGGAGAAUGAAAGAAAAGAUAUAGAGAACCAAAAAGUCAAUGAAGAUCCAUUAACAAAAGCCAUAGGUGCCAUUGGCAAAUGGCAAAUAUGGAUAUGUUUCGUGGUAUUUCUGGUAAAGUUUCCUGUGGCGUGGCAUCAGAUGAGCAUCAUCUUUCUUGCCCCACCGGUGAAUUUCACUUGUGCUUCUGACCAGAGCACUGAAACCUUUAAUAACAUAUGCAAUGCCAGCUGUACAGAUUAUGAAUAUGACAGAAGUAUUUUUAAGGAAACAAUCAUAUCACAAUGGGACUUGGUGUGUGAUAGACAUUGGAUGAAAAAUUUUACUCAAACGGUAUUCAUGCUCGGAAUUCUUGUGGGAAAUAUGGUCUUCGGUCAUCUUUCAGAUAGAUUUGGGCGACGCAUGCCAUUCCUUGCUGCCGUAUUUCUGCAACUUAUAAGUGGAGUGGCAACAGCAUAUUCCAUUAACUGGUACAUGUUUACGACACUUCGUUUCCUCCUAGCUGUUGCCACCGGAGGCACUAUGGUCACAAGUUUCGUACUCACCAUGGAAUUGGUUGGCGCUAAAUACAGAGAAUCUGUAGGAAUUAUCUACCAAAUACCCUUUAACUUGGGCCAUUUGUCAUUAGCGCUAUUUGGAUAUUAUAUUCGUGAUUGGAGUAAUUUCCAGUUAGCCAUAUCAUUACCUUCAGUAAUCUUCCUCAGUUAUUAUUAUCUGUUGCCUGAGUCACCAAGAUGGCUGUUAACCGCUUCGAAAACAGAAGAAGCUGUCAAAGUUAUGGAAAUUGCUGCAAAAAGAAAUGGUCUACCUACAGAGGGCAUUGCUUCAUCGAUUCAGAAGAUGGCAGUUGAAAUUAGCAACAAGCAGGAAGAACAUGCAUCCUUCUUAGCACUGUUUCGAAGGCCACGGCUACGGACGCGAACAAUCGCUAUAUGCUUCAAUUGGUUCGUCUGCGGACUUUGCUUUUUCGGAGUAUCACAGUAUAUUGGACAUGUCUCUGGAAAUAUUUUCACUAAUGUUGCCAUAUCUGCAGCUAUACAGGUUCCCGGAACUUUAAUAUCCAUAUAUGCUAAUAGACUUCUGGGCCGCAAGAUCACAGUCAUCAGUGCCAAUUGUAUUACUAGUUUGAGUUGUCUUCUCAUCAACUUCGUUUCACAAUCAGGAGCACUUCACUUAUCACUAGGUUGUACAGGUUUAUUAGGCAUGAGUAUAUCCUUCGCUACAGUUUACUUAUAUGCAGGAGAACUUUUCCCAACUGUGGUGAGAAAUUCGGGUGUGGGAUUGUCUUCAACGGUUGCAAGAAUUGGGUCCAUGGUAGCUCCUUUCGUGGCUACUUUUUCUCACACAAGCCCGUGGUUACCCCCAGUUGUCUUUGGUAUAGUUCCUUUAAUCGGAGCUGGUCUUUGCUUCUUAUUACCUGACACCCGCGGAAGAAAACUUCCUGAUACAUUGGAAGAAGGCGAAGCAUAAAAGACUAGAUCUCGUACAUUAAGCUAGCUUAAUCUAAUUUAAGUAUAUACUAAAAUAUAUAAGAAAUAUAUAAGAAUUUAAAGAUAUUAAAGUAUUCUUGUGUGCCUUAUUUAGUGUGUACCUGUUCUUUAAUUUAGCAUAAUUUGUUAACGAGAUUUUUUGUAUACCUAUGCAACGAAACCUGUUCAAAUCCUUAUAAUGAAAACAAGGAAAAUAUUUCAAGGUCACCGGUUUCUUUGUUUGUUUAUUUUAAGGAAACCG